CGCUACUUCCGGUUUCGCCGCGCUACUUCCGGUUUCGCGGAGCCGUCUCCAGGAUGUUAUCAAGUAGCCAUGCUGUGGAAUGCGGUCAGACUUACAUCUGUUGCCAUCUGCUGUGAUUCAUUAACAAGGCAAUGCCUUUUCACCGCUCAGUAAAGAAAAUUACAAGCUAGUACAGUCUCCUGGGUUCUUUGCUGGUGGUUUAACUACGCGUUUCCUCAAGACGCUACAGUGAAAAGGCACCAUCUGAUGUGUCAUCGUGGUCAAAAUGGCAGCAAGAAAUAGAUCUGCGACAAGUCAAACCGGCAGCACAAGCUCAUCCGUAGGAAGCGCUGCUCGUGCCCGAGCUAAAGCAGAAGCAGCAAAGGUGAGAGCGUCGUUUGCAAGUAAAGAAGCAGAGCUAAAAGUGGAAAAAGCUGAAAGUGAACUACAAAAAAUGAAAAUUGACGCAGCGCUAGAAGUGUUAGCAUUGCAAAGAGAAGCUCAUGCUGCAGAAGCAGAGGCUGGAGUGCUAGAAGAUGCAGAGGCAAUACAAGAUGAACAUGAGAGCGGAAAUUCUUUAUUGGACAGAGUAAAAAGAGAAAGAACAAGUUACUAUGUGCAAUCACAAAGCGAAAUUCGACCUCCAAUCGCACAAGUAUCAGCUACACCAAAGCAACACAAGGCCUCAGAUAACUCAUUAGUAACAUGGGAUCCAUCUGAGGAAGAUGUUUUUGAGCCACCACCUGUCAGCAUUAGGCCAAAGUUCACGUUCAAGAAGACAGCUUUGCCAAUUCAAACCAAACUUGGGACAAAACCAAAAGUAGAACAAACAAAGAACGCUCUUAGUCCACACGCAUCCCCAUUCAUGCCUCAUUGCAAUAAUGCAGCGAGCUUACCUCACCCAGCUGAGCCGUUUGCCCAAUAUAUGGCACGUCGAGACCUAAUCACAUCUGGCCUCUAUCAAUAUGACGAUAGGCCAGAGAACUUCAGAGCAUGGUACUCUUCAUUCAGUGGUGCUAUAGCUGAAGUCCACCUGACACCGACUCAAGAGUUAGAUCUCAUGACCAAAUGGCUGGGAAAGGAAUCUAGUAGUCAGGUGAAGCGCAUACGCUCAGUACACGUCAACAACCCCAGUGCAGCCCUACAGAGAGCAUGGGAGAGGCUUUGUGAGUGUUAUGCAGCCCCCGAAGUGAUCGAAGAGUCACUCUUCCAGCGAUUGGAUAGCUUUCCAAGAUUAACAACAAAGGACUAUGUCAAACUGCGCGAACUAGGGGAUCUCCUCCAAGAGAUUCAAGGAGCCAAGGAAGACGGCUAUCUUCCUGGUUUGUCGUAUCUGGACACUUCACGAGGAAUAGGUCCAAUAGUCGACAAGCUCCCGUACCCACUCCAAGAAAGGUGGAUGACUCAUGGUUCUAACUACAAAGAAGAUCAUAAUGGUUGUUUCCCACCCUUCCAUUACUUUUGUAUGUUCAUCUGCAAAGAGGCAAAGAAACGCAAUGACCCAAGUUUCACCCAACAAAAUAGUCAAACGUACAUUAAACAAGAAAGAUCCAACCCUAAGAGCUUUAACUCACCCAGACCUAUCGCUGUGCACAAAACAAACAUUACAACUACAAACAACGACAUAAACAACAACUGCCCACUGCACAGUAAGCCACAUCCACUAAAGAAAUGCAGGACAUUCAGGUACAAAUCAUUGGAGGAAAGAAAGGCCUUCCUCAAAGAGAGAGGAAUAUGUUUUAAAUGCUGCUCUUCAGACACUCAUCUCGCUAAGGACUGUAAAUCUACAGUAAAGUGCACUGAAUGUGACAGCACAUGGCACGACACCGUCAUGCAUCCAGGCCCUCCACCUCAAAACAAGGCUCCUUCACCUGCUCAAGAGGACGGCGGGGAGGGAGAAAAACAACCCGACAAUGUCGACGUAACAUCAAGCUGUACUGAGGUGUGUGCCCAAGGUCAUUGGGGUCGCUCAUGUUCGAAAAUAUGUCUCGCCAGGGUGUAUCCAAAGGGUAAAAAAGACAGUGCAGUUAAAGCUUAUGUAAUCCUGGACGACCAGAGCAAUCGUUCCUUAGGGCAAGAUGGCUGA